AUGACUAAAUCUGCAGGAUGCAUGCCUAUCAAAAAAGGCUUUAUACUUUCGAGCCCCCGUGCAGACUUGAUUUCUGGAAGACCAGAAGCAACUCAAAUCUGUGAACUGUCUGAGAAUUCUGAUAAAUCAAGUGCAGAAAGUGAUUCGGAGACUGAACCUGAACAGGCCUCGGUGUAUCACAAACUACUGGCUACGCUGAAGACUUCUCCUGAGUCUGAGAGUGAGGAAGAAGAGGAUGAAAGUGAAUCAGAAGAAGCUGGGGAAAGUGAGACAGAAAUGGACAGUGAAGGGUCCCAGGAGACUGGGGAAGCAGAAGGUGGUGAAGAAGAUGAAAAUGAUAUACCAGACAAGGAAGAAGCUAAAGAUACAGCAGAGCAGAUGCUUGGCGAGGAGCAGGCUGAUGGUGCAGAUACCUCUUGUGACCUCAGUCAUGGAGUAAUUGAGGAGUUUACUGAUGCGAAACACGAAUCUGAAUUUAGCUUGGAAACCAAUUUCAUGGAAGAGGAGAGUGGAGAUUACAACGCAGAUGAGAGAAGGAGCAGUACUUCACAAGCCUUUUCAGAAGAUCCAUUUAAACAACACAUGGACAAAGAAAUGGAAGAAAAAGAAGUAGAAAAAAUGUCAACGCUUUCUAAAUCUUCAAGUCAAACAAAGUGGCCAAGGCUGGGCCAGGUAACUUUUUCUUCCGUUUUGGAGAAACAUAAAACCUUAAAACCAGAUAAAGAACUUGACGUGAAACAGCUUCAUCUUCACAAGCCUUUAGAAGUCACUUGGCCGAAAGUGAACAAACAAUUCCUCUCCUCACUGAACAAACCAAGUGAUCUCUGUUUUACUCCACUACAAAGAGAACUCUUCUGUAUCAUGAAUACAUACAGGGACUUGUUCUAUCCAGAAAGAACUGCUUUAACAAACGGAGAAGAAAUCCGGCUUGCUUAUUGCCUGCAUGCACUGAACCAUGUCCUGAAGGCAAAUGCCCAGGUGCUUACCAAUAAUGCUAAACGGAGGGACCAAAAGCCAAGGAUUGACAAUGAUGACUACAGAGAUCAAGGGCUCACUAGACCUAAGGUACUGAUGCUGGUGCCCUUCCGGGAAUGUGCUUUGCGUAUUGUGCACAUUUUCAUCAGUCUUCUUGAAGUGAACAGUGAAAGAAAAAUAGAUGUAAGUAAUAAAAAGCGCUUCAAAGGGGAGUUUGGUUCUGACCCAGAAGAGAGGCCUCCCAACCUGAAGAGACCUGAAGAUUAUGAAGCUGUCUUUGCUGGCAACAUUGAUGACCAUUUCAGAAUUGGGGUUGCAAUUCUUCAAAAGAGUAUGAGGUUGUAUGCACCAUUUUACUCAUCAGAUAUCAUCAUUGCCUCUCCCCUUGGUAUGAGAACUAUUAUUGGCGCAGAGGGGGAGAAGAAGAGAGAUUUUGAUUUUCUGUCAUCAAUAGAAAUUCUUAUAAUUGAUCAAGCAGAUAUCUACCUGAUGCAGAAUUGGGAGCAUGUUCUGCACCUGAUGAAGCACAUUAACCUCCUGCCUUUGGAUUCCCAUGGAGUAGACUUCUCCCGAGUGCGUAUGCUGAAUCUCAAUAACUGGUCUAAGUACUACCGUCAGACACUGCUCUUCAGUGCUCUUCACAAUCCCCAGAUAAACUCCAUCUUCAGCAAGCACUGCUUCAAUUACACGGGGCAGGUAGCUGUCCGAAACAUACCACAGGUUGGCUCCAUUAGCCAUGUUGUAGUACAGCUUCCUCAUGUUUUCCGGAGGCUAGAAGCUGACAACUUAACUUCUGUAAUAGAUGCAAGAUUUCAGUUCUUCAUUGACAAAGUUUUGCCCGAGUACCGUGAUGCCAUCAUGUCACACACACUCAUAUAUGUUCCAUCAUAUUUUGACUACGUACGUCUUCGAAAUUACUUCAAGAAAGAGGAGUUGAAUUUUGUUCACAUCUGCGAAUACACUAAGAAGGCUGGCAUCUGCAGAGCAAGACGUUUCUUCCUUAAGGGAGACAGGCAAUUCUUACUGCUCACUGAGCGCUUCCACUUCUACAAAAGGUACACAAUAAAAGGCAUUAGAAACCUCAUUUUCUACGAGUUACCAACCUAUUCCCACUUCUACAGUGAGAUCUGUAAUAUGAUGAAGGCCACAGACAAUGGAAUGGAUGCCACUUGGACCUGUACUGUCCUCUACUCUAAGUAUGAUGCUCAGAAAUUGGCUGCUGUUGUUGGCAUAGAUCGCACAGCUCAGAUGCUACAGUCCAAGAAAAACGUGCACCUCUUCAUUACAGGAGAAAAUGAAUAAGCAAUAUUGCAAACUAGAGCGUUCCAUGAACCUGAAUUUGCUCCUAAUGUACUUUUUGAUGUUGCUUUUUAAAUAAUUGUUAGACGUUUUAGUCCUUUUACUAACUAUCUUGUUGAAAUAAUUCUUUAUAGUAUUAAUUUUAUACUUCAGUUCUCUUUUCAGUCCAACAAGGAAAGGGAAAAUGCCAUUCAAGGAAGCAGGGGGUGGCAGAUUUCUCUGUAUGUAAAUAAAAUCAAGCCACUCUUCGUUAUAUGUUGAAAAACUCACUGUUUGGUCAAGAUCUGUGGUGUUAAAAUACCUUUUGAUUUGGUUGUUGCACUUCAUUUUCAGGUAUAGCAAACUCGCCUCCUUUCAUCAAAGGCAAACUUUUUCUUUUAAUUUAGGGAAAAAUGUGCCCACUUAUUGAGGCAGUGGUUAUUAUGUAAGGGAGGUGUAGAUAAAGCCUCAGCAACCCGCACAUAUUGUUGAAUGAAUGGUUUAAUUUGCCUUUACUUGGCUGAUGAAUGUGCUGGGGUGUGGACUGUGGUUUUCUAUUUUCCUCGAGUGGCCUAAAUAUCUCUGCCUGCUAUUUACAACACUCAUUUUGGUCCCACAGGCUGGUCAGUUUUAGUGAGGAUAGAUUUUUUUUUUUUUUCCCCCCCAAAAGGGUUGGAAAAUGAAUUAAAUUUGAUAGGCAGAAGAGCCCAGCCUUAUCUAGCCUCAGGAUUAUCAAAGCAGUGCUGUGCAACGCAAAACUGAUGCAGUAGCAAAUACCUGUUAUCUCCCCAGAUACCUGCGUUAUGUGUGUGUUUUUUUUUUUUCCUACUGCCCUUAAUCAUUGCUUGCAGAGAGCAUGAAAGUGUCAUUGUGCUGCCUCUCGUUUCUUUUUUUCUCCUCCUAAGAAGCUAAGUGUCAUUUAAAAGGAGGUAGAAGUAGGGAUUAAUUUCUGUACGCGUGUGCUAGAACUGCUGGGGGACGGUUCUGCAGAGGGGGCUGAUGAGACCUGUGAGAGCCCAAAUGCAAGACAGAAAUAUCUGCGCUGGGAUAAGCUUUGAGGAAAUUCUCAUCCUGGGGGGAUGGGGCAAGGCUUGAGGAAAAUAUACCCAAGGGAAAUAAACUCCUCAAGUAAAUGUACAAGCAUAUAACUUUAGCCAAUUUUUUAAAUUCUAUUCAUGAUUCCUGUAUUUCUCAGAGGCUGUGAACUCAUAUGGUAAUUGCACUCCUCAAAUCAUUUAGCAGAUGUGCAAAUUCAUGUAGUUCCUUGCUUUCUGUUUUAAUAGAUGAUGUCUGUUAGUUUUAAACAUCUCUAUUAUGCGCAUAAGAAUUAAAAGCCAGUCACGGCAAAGUUG